AUGCUGCAUGGCCCACUCUCCCCGGGGAAAAUGUGUGACCCCUAUAUGAGGCACGCCAUCCCCAUCUCCAUCUCCACGGCUAUCGGCCUCGACCAAGCCCUGCCGAUCGAGUUCGCGCACGCCUCGUCGGCACACGCGUUCAGGGACUGCGUCAAACGGCAGCGAGCACCACGGCUGGGCCAAGACGGAACGCGCGGGGCCAAGGUCAAGGAGGCAGACGCCUCGUCCCUGGACAAGUUCUUCUUCGUCUUCAGGGAGGACGACCCGGCGCGUCGGUGGUGCGAGAACUCGGUGCUGUGGAGGGCGACGUGCAACCCGUCGAGCGUUAUCUGCCCGUGUACUGGGAGCACAGGGUGA